UUUAAGGAAUUGAUGUUUAGACGUGCAUCAAGGUGUAAAUUGUAGUGACCGACGCAACAACCCAAUCCGGAGUGGCGUGUUUAAUCAGGGAUGUGGCGGCAGGAUUGAAAAGGUAGCCUACAGUCAAGCCCCCCCUUUGCGAAAUGUCGAGGACAAAGAGACAAAAAACAGAUGCACCCAGACACGGCGAGGAAGCAGGCUGUGAUCCUACGGUGAUCGGGGGAUCGGGCUCCGGGUUGUAGUCGAGCCUGCGGUGAGCUUUCCGGUGCGAAACGCCGAAGUCAUGCUGUGGUUUCGUGGACCUUUUAACGAUUUUGUGACACGGACUGCAACUCCGGCUUGAAAAACAGCCUUUUUAUUUCCGUCGCUGCCAGCGAUCGUCCAAGAAAACGGGGACACGGCGGUGGCUGGUGCGCCUUGGACAGAUCACCGACGAAUAUUUCGCCACCACUAUACAUUUAUUUAAUUAAUAACGCACUGUCUUCUCGUGUUUAUUCUAUGUUUGGAAGUGAUGUCAAAUAUAAUGCAUUUCAGUAUAAUGACAAGGAGAACGAGAGGCUGACGGAGGACAGCGCGGUGUUGGUGUCCUCGUAUUUAUAAGAGAAAUGUCUAAGAAGGGUCUGUAUUACGAGGAUGGAAAAAAAUAAUCAAAAUCAAGACUUAUAAAAAAAUAAUAAUAUUCUUCUAGGAUGGUACCUGCAUCAGUAGUACACAGAGUACUCUCACAAUAUUAAAAAGGUGUUUAGAAACGGGGGUGAAGUUGUGCCCUGAGGUGUCGGGGAGCGCGCUGAACUGUGGAGAGGCAUUUUCACACCUCAUGGGAGACUGCUAACAAGCACUCGCUACUGGACAUUCUGAAUCUACCCACUAGUCGAUUCUUCCAAUGUGGGCUGUAGCUGGCACGCAUGCGGCGACCCCCUCCUGGUCCGUGAAGAUGGGAGUGGGUCUGGUGUUCAGCCUGGCUCUCCUGUGGUCCUCCAGUUCGGCCACCACCAAGCAGUGCUUCUCCAAGGAGCGCACCAAUCUGAUCAUCAACGCCAGCGCCGCCUUCCUGGCCAGGACUACAGUUCUGGAUGCCCGCACCAGCCUUUCCCAGCAGGCCUGUCUGCUUGACUGCUGCUCCCAAGAAGUUUUUAAAUGCAACUGGGCUGUAUACAGACCCGAUAAGCCGAGCGGAAGCGAAAAUUGCUACUUGUUUUACUGUGAAAGAGAAGAGGAUUGUCCUCUGAUUCCCAUGAACGGAGUGAACAGCUAUAACAUUUUCACAGGUGUGGAUUAUCCAUCCAUGAACCAUUUAACUACUACAAAAGCCGCCACACAGCCAAGUACUACCCCCAGAGUAACAAUCAGAGUAACUGCUAAGCCAACCUACGUUACCACUCCAUCAACACCAACUGCCACCACACAUACUUCAACUGCUGUCACUACUCCUACACAACCAGUGACUACUACUCAACCAACUACUACUACUAUUACUACACUACCACCUACUAUUACACAGCCAAGUAUUAGUACUACUCUACCAAGUAUUACUAGUACAGAGCCAAGUAUUACUACUACUACUACUACUACUACUACUACUGUUACUACUAGUACACAACCAGCUAGUUCUAGACAAACAACUACUACUAUACAACCAGCUAGUACUACACAACAACUUCCAGCUACAACUAGGACACCACAACCAAGCAGUACUACUGCACAUACUCAGCCAACUACUACUCUUACUAGCAGUCAACCAACCACCACCACUACAGAAUCAGCUACAACAGCUUUGAUUAUAACACCACCAACCUUCAUUUUACAUACUGAUCCUAUUACCAUGAAAACUACUACCACGAGCUCACUGGUAGCAAGGCCCAACCGACCAAUCGAUGUUUCUAUGCAAAAAACUAUUACAGCAUCAGCAUUAACAACUACUGUGCAAUCACCCCUGACUACUGAAAUAAAAAUUGGCACUGACCCAACAGAAACCACAGCUGCUGAAACAACUUGUGUUACAUGGCAAGCUUUGCUCGCUACAACAAUUACAACUACAGCUACACCGAAAACUGAAACACAAACAUCUUUAUCCACAAGUACCACAAAACCAAAUAAAAAUAUCAAAAACCACAACAAACCAACAAAGAAACAAGCCAUGAAACCAUCCCCUUAUAAUACAAGACUAGGUACCACUACUACAACCACUAUAUUCCCUUCCAAACAUCACUUAAAAUUGACUACAGCAAAUGCAAAACAAAGCUCCGUAACAAGACCGCCAGGUCUCCCUCACAAAGCAGCAUCCAGAAAGCCAAAGACAAACCUGAGGACUUCGGCCACCACGAUUAAAGCAAAAGUCUCCACUGCGCAAAUGACGACAUGGACGACAGCGACUCCCACGUUGCUGAUGACCCAACGCUCUGCGGCCAGCAUGACCCCAUUGCAAGUCACAGCCAAGGAAGCCAAGUCCAUGCUGGUGGCCCCUCCCCCACCAGCUCCACCCACCACUAAGCCUGGCCACACAAACCCCCCCAAAAGGAACACUGUCCACCAGCGGACACUGAAGAGCACUCUUGAGGUAGCUGUGGUGGUUGGACUUGUGUUCUUGGCUCUUGUUAUAGCACUGGUAGGAAGGAAAGCUAUGGAGUCUUUCAACCGAAGACAGUACACAAGAUUGGAGCUAAAUGACUUAUAUUACGAUGUGUGACAGCAUCCCGCACAAGUGUCAAAUGCAAAACUCUGUUUUGUUUUUUGAACCAGAAACGAUGUGCUCUAUAUUUCAACUAAUAUCUAAAAAAAUGGGUGCAUUUAAUUUCAUGAGACCAGUUGAUAAAAUAAAAUGGGUCACGUUGGGGGGGGUGGUUUGAGGCGGUUUAGUAGGGCCAAAGAAUAAUGAAUUAAAAACGCAGCAAUACCUCUUUUGCUUAUACUCAGGUAGUCAUAAAAAUCUGGUCAGCAAUUGGGAAACCGGUUACUUCAGCAAAAAUGCCAUUGUGAACUGCAGCUACAUAAAAUGUAUUGAAACAAGUCACCAGUUGUUAGAGGUAAGCAGUAAGUGAUGUGAAGAAACGCCGCUUGUCAUUCUGUCGUCUAAUUUUUAAAUUCAUUUGCACUGUUCAGUAAUAAUUUUACUGUCCAUUGGCAGUGUGGCCUCCUCACAGCUCAUGCUGGUGUAGUUUUUUUUACAGAAUUACUUACAGAACUUAAAGAAUGCAGGGAACAGGGAGGCAGAAUGCAUCGAAGAAUUCAACAAUCAGUUCCAGUGCAUUGUAUCUUAAAUUCAUAUAUUGUUCUUUUAUGUAGAGUUCAUUGAUUGCAUAGUUUUGUCCAAGAAUUUGAUGUAUGUACACACGCAUGCGUGUGUUCGUGGGUGUGUGUGUAGAAAGAGAACGAUGUAAAAAUGAUUGUUUUUGUAGAGUGCUGAAUUACCCGAUGUCCUGCAUAAUAUAGGUGUCAUAAUGUAACCACAAGAUGGCAGCAAACACAAAGUGAACCACAGUGAGCCGUGCUCCAUCGCUAAGACUCCACUAGAAAAAAAAUGUACACUGCAAAUUCUGGAAAUAAAUUCAAUGAAUUGCACACUUAUUAAGUAGGAUGUUUCGAUGGACUUCACUCAAAUAUUUACCGCAUGUAUAAUUUCGAAGGUUGUGUGAAAAUUCAUGGGUUUGGUGUACUUUGUUACUUAUAAAUUAGAUUUAAGUAAGUGGUAAUUGUACAAAAUGUGAUUUUGCAAUAAAGCUUUUGUAAGCAUA